AUGCUGAAAAACAAAGUGACAAAAAGGAAAGUCACUAAAGAACAGACCGAAGAAGAUCCAGAACAAUCGAUAGCGAUACGAAGAAGAGCGCAUACCAUAUCUAACGAGCCUAGACCGAAAGGUAGGCCAGUAGGAGCCAAAACGAAUAAAGGAAAACCGCAGCUGGAUCAUAGCACUGUAGUGGAAAGAACGAGAAGUAAAAGGCCUGUGACUACGACGUCGAAAUACAAUAAGAAUGUUCGCCCAAAUGCUACUAAUACUGAAAUACAUGAGAAAACCUGGGCGCCAGCCGAUAAAGAAAAGAUGCUGUCGAAAAGAGUUCAAGAACUAAAGAAUUACGAAGCGGAACUUUCCACAGACGACUCAAGUACAAAACCCAUUGAGGAGACCCAACAGAGAAAACGACUGACCAACCAAAACUAUCAAUCCGUGACAAGUACUUCCGGAAUAGAAAUAGUUGUAAAUAAAAAUGCAAAUGAGGACGAGAAACGAAAGUCGAAUCGUCCAAAAGCUACCUCUCCGAAAUUACAUUGGCGCGUGCAAGAAAUUUUAAACCGAUUGGACCGAGAGAGUCAAAGCUCGAUUAUGUCAGACACUGAGCCGGAUGUGAGCGAACUACGGCCCAGUUCCUCGAGACGUUUUGUGAUGUCCUCCACUGGUGUAGAGGACAGGGACGCGAAAGAAGCUCAUGACAGUACAGACAACCGGGCUCCCAUAGAGGACCCGCGAUAUAGCGGACUAAGGAGAGGUAAAGAUACGGAAAUAGAAGCAAGUGAGGAUCAAGAAUCCCAAACGAAGAGCCCGAAGAUAAAUAAGUCAAGUCGUACGACGACUGAGGAAGUCCUAUCCGAAACAACCGAAGAGUUAAUUGAAAUACCGAUCACUGGACCCCAAACUAGUGCAAGUUCUGAGAAACCUGAGGACGAAAUCUCCAAGGAAAACGCAGACAGCGCAGGUCGAGGUGACGACGAUAAUUUAGAGAAGGGACCAAAGACCAGUCUGACACCUGACGAAGUCUGGACGUCGGUAGAGAAAUUCGAAGCCAGUCUAUGUCGACAUAGGAGCUUGGUCAACGUAUCGCACUUUUGGGACGAUUUGGGUCUAGCUCAAGACAACAAAACCAUAGAAAUGCCUUCUCAUUUUUCAGACGGUGACGAACCGCCUCCAGAAAUACAGGAAACACUAUAG